AUGCGGCCGCAGUGGGCGCAGUGGGCGCUGGCGUACCUGUGGCGCCAGUCCCUGCACCACCGCUGCCUGCCCAGCCUCGCUGACUGCGCCCCCCUCCCCUGGCGCCGUGCCACCGCCCCGGCCCACCCGGCCGCCUUGCCCUCCUGCCACGGGUCCCAAUUACAUGCCGUCGCGAGCCCCGCGGACGAUGACGCGCCGGCGGCCGGAGGGGAGCGGCAACCUCACGAGUGCACUGCGCGGGUGAUCGAGGACGGGGAGCAUCCGAUCAGCUACAGGGCGUUCAGCCGCGCCGCCUGGAGGGUUGUGAUGGGGAUCAGGCAGAAAGGACAUGAAGCGUACAUUGUGGGAGGCACGAUUCGAGACUUACUGCUGCAGCAGGAGCCAAAAGAUUAUGAUAUUUUAACAAGCGCUGAGCCUAAGGAGGUGUGCCGCAUCUUUGCAAGGGCCAACAUAAUCGGGAAGCGAUUUCCCAUUUGCCAGGUCCACAUGGAUGGGACAGUUAUUGAAGUGUCAAGCUUCUCAACCAAUGUGGGCGUGGCACCUGUCGAUCCUGCAGGCUUCCUUGCUGAUGAACAGGACAGGAAACGGGCUAACAGUUCAACUGGCCGUGCAACUGAGGGAUGGAGAGAUGCCCGGAGAAGGAACGCCUUGUCCCGUGAUUUCACAGUCAACGCGUUUCUGUACGACCCAUGCUCGCAGUUGCUCUUUGACUACUGUGAUGGCCUUCAAGAUAUUAAGGACAGGCAGCUGAGGACAGUUGGGGACCCUGACGAAUCAUUUUCACAAGACCCAGCAAGAAUGCUGCGUGCUGUCCGCUUUGCUGCAAGAGUUGGUCUGUCUAUAGCUGAGGACACUGCCAAGGCUUUGAUGAAACGUGCAGCAGAUAUAUUGUGUAUCCCUGAGGCCAGGCUUCAAAUGGAAAUGCAUGCCAUUCUGGCACAUGGCCAUGCUGCCAGAUCAGUUCAAAUCAUGUGGCACCUGGGCGUUUUGGAUGUGGUGUUGCCAGCCCUUGCUCGGCACUUGAAGCGCUGCAAUUACCCAAGGAGUUUGGACACUUGCGAAGGGACGAUGGCAGUGCAGAUCCUGGCAGCCAUGGACGCUGAAGUCACUGUGAGGUCUCCUGUUGUCCCCUCUGUCUACACAGCGCUGAUAGCAUGUACCCUUGUGAUGGACAAUAUAAACCUUGUCAAGAAGAAAAUGAAGCGACUGAGCCACGAGGAGCUCCAUGGGCCACAUCCGAAGGAGGGCCAGGUGGACCCAGAGGUCCGGCGGCUCAGGGUGCUGGCCGCCCAGCCCGAGGCCAGCGUAUUCGCCCACCUGGUAGACGCCACGCUGAGGUCAUUAUGCACGCUGGGCGGUUAUCAAGUCAUCCCCAAAGCUGUCCAGGAGCAAGCGUCCAGGAUCCUGACCAAGUCUGCGAGGGGGCCCGAGGACAACAGUGGUGGGCCACUUGAUUUGGAUGGCAUCGACAGUUGGGACAAGCCCAAGAGGAGGAAGAAAGUUGUGAAGGGGGAGAAGCUUGUGGCUUCAAUCCUCGCAAUGGAAGAGUGGAAAUGGAGGGAAUCUACAAACAUUGGGCUGCCAACAGAUGGCCUGACAGUGGAAGCAACGUCAGCAAGAGGAAGCCCAAGAUCCAGCAAAUAG